AUGGAUACCAAUUUCACAUCAUCAUAUAUAAAUAAAAAUAUCUCAUUAAUUCCAUUAAUUCACUAUUCUUUACCGUAUAAACUAGUAGGCACCAUUUCAUUAUCAGUUAUUUUAACAGUUGGCGUUAUUGGGAAUAUUUUUGUCAUGUUAAUACUAACAAUGUCAUCUAAAUUGCAUACACCAACAAAUUGUUAUCUUAUUUCAUUAUCGGCUAGUGACUUACUAGUUUUGAUGACAAGUACAACAUUAAUGGUGCUUGAAUUUUAUCAGCCAUAUAACCAUUGGAGAUUAGGAAAUUUCGCCUGCCAAUUAAGUGUAUGCCUACAAUAUUUGAGUGUGGAUGCCUCAGCAUUAUCUAUAUGUGCGUUUUCUGUUGAACGAUGGGUUGGAAUUUGUUAUCCAAUGCGUGCACACUAUAUGUGUACCAUAAAAAGAGCAAUUAAAAUAAUUACUGGAAUAUGGAUAUUUACAUUAGCAUAUAAUAUACCGUGGAUAUUUAUGAGUACUACAGUUAGACAGUAUUCAGAAUACGGUUCAUUUGAAACGUGUACAUUCAAAUUUAAACGAACAGCUUAUAAAGCCAUAUAUAUGUGUGAUUUAAUAGUAUUUUAUGUUUUACCAUUAUUUAUUACAUCAGUAAUGUAUUGUCAAAUAAGUUGGCGGUUAUUUCGUACAGAUAAUAAAGGAAUAUCUCUUGUCGGACAACACAUAAAUUUUAAUCAAAUCAUAUCAUCAGGUAAAACAGAACGUUCUUACGCUGGGAUUAAUGAUGCACCGCAAAAUUUUAAAUUACGUAAAGUAAUUAAUAGAGCAAGAGCCAGAAAACAAGUAGUAAAACUAUUAAUGAUUAUUGUAGUAUUAUUUGCAUCCUUUUGGUUGCCAUACCGUUCAAUGGUGGUAUACAAUAGUUUCUCACUUCAUGGAUAUCAUGAUCUAUGGUUUCGUAUGUUUUCGCGUAUUAUGGCAUUUCUUAAUUCAGCUGUCAAUCCAAUUUUAUACAAUGCUAUGUCACGUAAAUUUCGUCGUACACUUAAACGUUUAUUAAAAUGUCAUAAAGUAAUAUAA